UAAGAUGCUGCGAUUCAAAUUAUUAUACGAAGACGCGGCAAAGCCCUAACUGAAAAAAUGGCGACGGCGAUCGGAUGGUACGGACCGCUGAUUGAUCUCUGCAAAGCAUCUUCUUAUGUUGGGGAUUAUGUACAGCUCGUAGUCUUCGUUCACCAAUUCACCCCUAUACAGUAUAAAAUUGGUGGAAAUGGAGGAGGGGUGGUGAGGAUGGACGUUCUGGUGGGGGAUGAAACGAGGUCGUAUUUCCCGGCGACCAUUUGGCAGAAGCAUAUGAGGUCCCUAAUUUCAGUUGGGCGUGUUUUUCUGCUGCGAAAUCUCAAAAUCACAAGAUAUGGAGAUACUGUUGAAGCCAGGGCUUUAUUUUGUUCAUCUUUGCAAUGUUUGCUUCAGCCAGAUGACUUUGUUUCACCCAAGGGUUUGGAUAAAUUGAUAGAAGAGAGUCGUGUGGGGAUCACUGUGAAGGACAAACUCCGGAAAGUUGCUGGCUGGCUGCAGCGAGCUAACCUUGCUCACUGUGGCAGUAUAUUGAACUACAAUGAAUGCAGAAGGCAAUUGAAUGUAAACUGGAAAUUGCAUGAAGAGAUAUGUACCCAGGAUUGCUCCUCUCUGUCGGAAUUAAGCCAAUGUGAGGACUCUUGCAAAGCAAGUUUUCACGCAUCCAUUGGUGAAAUAUUUUUGCCAAUUACUUGGGCAGAUCUCCGAGAACCUGAAGCCGAGAGGAUGUUUAUUAGCAGGCGGCUACAUUCACUUGGUGAGAACAGUUUGGUUGACGAUCUCAUAACUAUUGGCUGUCAGAUAUGCGGUGCCCCAGUGAAUGACAGACUAGCGUCAAACACGGAGCAUAACACCAUUCCUUUAUAUUGCCAAAGAAGCUCAGACCGUCUCCAUAUGAUAGGGACCAUAUAUAGACCUUUCUUGUUAUACCUGUGGGAUGACUCUAAAUACCUUCCCAUUUCUGUGACCAACAAAGCGGCUGAACUUCUGUUUGGUAACAUCCCUGCUGAGAAAGUUCUUUCGUCCUAUAAACUUCACCGGCCUAGUCCGAGCCAUACUGGAUUCAAGAAGGAUCGUUCUUGUGCCAGAAAAGAGGUCGAUAACGAAGGUGAAAAGGGAGGCGGUCAUAACCCGAAUUUCUACAUGAUCUGGUUGAUUUUAUUGCGUAGUGUGUUUCAACAUGGUAAAAACCGCCCUUUCAAAUUUAAAGUAACAGUUGAUACAAAUAGGGAUUGGGAAAAUGGGAGGCUUGAGAUGGUAUCAGUCUCCCUUCCCGCUUUUACGGGAACACCCCAAAAUUGAGCAUGAUAGUUGGAACCUUGUGUAUGAACAAUUCAAUAGUGAAUAACAUUUGUGCUGAAAUAUUGCAA